AUGGAAUUGGACGAAUCCCCACCUUUUACAAUUGAGCUGGAUUUCUUAUAUGAUACAGCUUUUAACUUUAAUCAAGAUCCAAGUAAUAUAAAUAGUGCAUUUUCUAAUAAUGAUGAUCGUAAAAGUUUGAAUCCUGGCUUAAACGAUCAUAACCUUAAUUCCAAUAUUCCAAUGAAUUCAUUAUAUCAAGAUGCUCAUUCAAAUGGAUUCAAUUUCAACGAUAUGAAUCAAGAUCAAAAUGAGGUAAAUUCAAUUGUUCCUUCUCAAGAUGAUCGUCUACGUCAUAGCAAUUCAUUUCUUUCGGUAAAUAACUACGAUUAUGAUGGUACGAAUCAUUUGGGAGAUCAAUUACAUCUCAGAAACGCUUCAAUUGAUAGUUAUCAUAAUUCAAAUGUUAGCCUACAUACUGGCGCCACCCAAGGUUAUGAAAGAAGUGAUAAUUAUGACAUCAAUAAACAAUAUCAAAAUACUAAAAAUCUUAGUGUUGGCCUUAAUAAUCCAAAUAAUUCUAGUAUAAGUAAUAAUAAUUACUAUGGUAACGACCUUUCCCCAUUGACAACAACAACCUCUCUAACACCUUCUGUCAGUUCCAUCCACUCAACCCAACCAUCUUUUUUUUCGGCUAAUCAAUACUUCCCCCGAAAUUCACUUGAUCAAUCUCAAAGUCAAAGUAUUCACAGAGCAUCCUUCGAUGCAUAUUCUAAAAAAAGACAAUCAAUGGAUAGCCAGGCUUCCGCCAAUCGGACUCAACCCCAAAGGAAUCAAAGAUAUGCUAGUUUCACCAACUCAAUCAGUAAUUAUAUUCCUUUCAUGAGUGAUAAAAAUCAACAACGCUCCGGCCCCCCAUCUCCAAACCAAGCCUCUCCAACAAACUUUAUGCCAAUUCAGAGUAAUCAGCAAUCAAAACAUCUUAUAAGAAGUAUUUUCAAAGGAAACAAUAACUUGAACAACAACAGCAACGGCAAUAACGGUAACAGCCACGGUAACAACAAUAAUAAUAAUAGUAAUAACCAAUCUACUAAUAACGCUGAUUCAAAUAACAUCUUCCAAAAUGGUAUCCAAAAUGAUGGGUUAUCAAAUGGAAUUAUUCAAGGGUCUCAACAAAAUGAUCAAUUCAUAGAUGGAUUUUUAACGGAUAAUGACUACUUCAUGACUAGUCCCACAAAAGAAGAGCCCGAACUAGAAAACCCUGAUCAAAAUACUUUCCAUAAGAAAGCCAAAAGGUCUAAGAGAAGUUUGUUCACUAGGUUCAAAACCCCCAUCAAACAAGAACCACCUAUUGAAGAGGAUAACGUGAAAAUGGAAGAUCUAGAUAUACCUAUUGAUCAAGUCACUAGUGCAAAUACUACCAAUAAUAACACUUCUGAUACUCUUUUGAAUACCCCCAUAAAAACAGAAAAUGAUCCAUUUGAUACUCUGAAUGGUGCCGUUAGACCAACUCCAAUUAGUAGAACUCCUUCUGCUGCCAACUCUAAUUAUAUCUCUCAAAAUUAUACUUCUUCGCUGGACCAGUCUCACGGGAACAGUUCAAUUAAUAUUGCAUCUCAAGAUCAACAGAUUAACCAAAAUCAAGGCAAUAUCCAACCAGAUUAUGCUGCAUUAUUCGAAAAAGUUGGUAAAAGAAAAAAUAUUGUAAAUCCUUCCACUUAUAUUAAGUCUAAACCAAAAGUGAAGAACGAAAAUGAUUCAAAUAAUAAUUUACCUUCUACUAGUAAUAAUAAUUCUAAUUCCAAUACCGAAAAGUCAUCCGUGUUGAACGUUCCAGUUGGUGAUGUUCAUAGCAACGACCACCACCUGAAUAUUAGUGUGUCAUCAUCCAAUGCUUCAUCAUCCCUUAAUGCCAUGAAUAUUAAUAAUGAUGAUGCUGAUCAGAAGCUCACUACUUCAACCAGUGCAUCAACUCCAAACACUAAUACUACUUCGUCUCUUGCAAAUGCUUCUAUGCGUAUACUCGGGUCGAAGUUAAUGCUGAAGAAAAAGAACCAAAAACAACAACAAAAGAAAUUAGAGGUUGAACAAGAAAAGGAAUCUCAAAAAGAAGCACUCAGACCAGAUUCAAGAACUAGUCUCGACACCUCCCUUAAAUCCAUGGAAAGUGAAGGUUCUGAAGACUAUACUCGUAACGUUGCUACAAUAAUAUCCAAAGGUGUCGAAGUUGAAGUUGACUUGAAAUCUCUUGAUUUACCUCCAAACACUAAAAUUUUCCCUUCAAGCAUAAUCAAUUCGAAAAGUAGGGUUAGGGGUCGUAAAGAGAACAAGGAAGCUGACUUACUGGAUCUGUCAAAAAUAUACUUGUGUAAUUAUUGUUCCAGAAGAUUCAAGAGACAAGAACAUCUUAAGAGACAUUUUAGAUCCCUACACACUUUUGAAAAACCUUACGAUUGUGCUAUUUGCAACAAAAAGUUUAGUAGAUCUGAUAACUUAAACCAGCACUUAAAGAUACAUAAACAAGAAGAAGCUGAAGCUGAAUUGGCUCGACAAAAGGCCGCUAUCAAACAAGAAAUAGAUCAUUAA